UGUCUGCGCAUGAGCAGAAGCAGAGCCGCUUUUCCGUGAGAUUUAUGAGGGAAGAAGGAGCGUGUCUGCGCAUGAGCAGAAGCAGAGCCGCUUUUCCGUGAGAUUUAUGAGGGAAGAAGGAGCGUAUCUGCGCAUGAGCAGAAGCAGAGCCGCUUUUCCGUGAGAUUUAUGAGGAAAGAAGGAGCAUGUCUGCGCAUGAGCAGAAGCAGAGCCGCUCUUUCCGUGAGAUUUAUGAGGGAAGAAGGAGCGUAUCUGCGCAUGCGCAGAAUCAGAGCCGCUCUUUCCGUGAGGGAAAUUUCUAAGAGGGAAGAAGGAGCAUGUCUGCGCAUGCGUAGAAGCAGAGCCGCUCUUUCCGUGAGAUUCAUGAGGAAAGAAGGAGCGUGUCUGCGCAUGAGCAGAAGCAGAGCCGCUUUUCCGUGAGAUUUAUGAGGGAAGAAGGAGCGUAUCUGCGCAUGAGCAGAAGCAGAGCCGCUUUUCCGUGAGAUUUAUGAGGGAAGAAGGAGCAUGUCUGCGCAUGAGCAGAAGCAGAGCCGCUCUUUCCGUGAGAUUUCUGAGGAAAGAAGGAGCGUAUCUGCGCAUGCGCAGAAGCAGAGCCGCUCUUUCCGUGAGGGAAAUUUCUAAGAGGGAAGAAGGAGCGUGUCUGCGCAUGCCCAGAACUGAGGGGAAAAAAGUCGCGUGAGGCAGUAGCCGGAAGAGGCAGGGCUGCGCCUGCGCAGAACGGAGGAAGUUAGGUCCUCGUGUGUGAGGAAAAUUUUUUGCCUGUCUUGCCGGGGAAGAAAGUGGCUCCAUGUCGUGGCUCUUCGGCCUGAACCGCGGCGGAGGCGGCGACGCUUCUUCCCCGGGCCUGCCUCCCUUGCCGCCUCCGCCCUCAGGCGUUUCCUCCGCCGGGGAAGGGGCCGGGGAAGGCGGCCGCCCCAAGGACAAAUGGAGCAACUUCGACCCCACGGGCCUGGAGCGCGCCGCCAAGGCCGCCAGGGAGCUCGACGCCUCGCGACAUGCCAAAGAGGCUCUCAAUAUGGCACAGUUGCAGGAACAGACUCUCCAGCUAGAGCAGCAGACCAAACUGAAGGAAUAUGAGGCUGCCAUAGAGCAACUGAAGAACGAACAGGUCCGGAUACAAGCGGAAGAGAGAAGAAAAACACUGAAUGAAGAGACAAGGCAGCAGCAAGCAAGAGCACAAUACCAAGACAAGUUGGCCAGGCAGCGGUAUGAGGACCAGCUAAGACAACAGCAACUCCUUAAUGAAGAGAAUUUGAGAAAGCAAGAGGAAUCUGUUCAGAAGCAGGAGGCCAUGAGACGAGCUACGGUGGAGCGGGAGAUGGAGCUCCGGCACAAGAACGAGAUGCUGCGGAUCGAAGCCGAGGCCCGGGCGAGGGCCAAGGCGGAGCGGGAGAACGCAGACCUCAUCCGGGAACAGAUUCGGUUGAAGGCAGCCGAGCACCGCCAGACUGUGCUCGAUUCCCUCAAGACGGCCGGGACGCUGUUUGGCGAGGGAUUCCGUGCCUUUGUCACAGACUGGGACAAAGUGACUGCCACAGUGGCAGGGCUGACCCUGCUGGCGGUGGGCAUUUACAGUGCCAAGAAUGCCACCGCGGUGGCCGGGCGGUACGUGGAGGCCCGCCUGGGCAAGCCGUCCUUGGUGAGGGAGACCUCCCGCAUCACUCUGCUGGAAGCCCUCAAGCACCCCAUCCAGAUUGGCAAGCGGCUCCGCAGCAAGGCCCAGGAUGCCCUCGAAGGCGUUGUUCUCAGUCCAAAGCUGGAGGAGCGAGUCAGGGACAUCGCUAUUGCGACCCGGAACACGAGGAACAACAGGAGUCUCUACCGGAACAUCCUCAUGUACGGUCCCCCGGGGACAGGGAAGACCCUCUUUGCCAAGAAACUAGCCACACAUUCCGGCAUGGAUUACGCCAUCAUGACGGGCGGCGACGUGGCCCCGAUGGGCCGGGAAGGAGUCACCGCAAUGCAUAAGGUCUUCGACUGGGCAAACACCAGCAGGAGAGGCCUCUUGCUAUUUGUGGAUGAAGCAGAUGCGUUCCUGCGUAAGCGGUCAACGGAAAAGAUCAGCGAAGACUUGCGGGCCACCCUCAAUGCUUUCUUGCAUCGAACAGGGCAGCACAGCAACAAGUUCAUGCUGGUCUUGGCCAGCAACCAGCCCGAGCAGUUUGACUGGGCCAUCAACGACCGGAUCGACGAAAUGGUUCACUUUGCGUUGCCGGGGCUGGAAGAGCGAGAGAGGCUGGUCCGGAUGUAUUUCGACAAGCACGUCCUGAAGCCGGCCACCGAGGGCAAGCAGCGCCUGAAGCUGGGCCAGUUUGACUAUGGGAAAAAGUGCUCUGAGAUUGCAAAGCUGACCGACGGCAUGUCCGGCCGGGAGAUCUCGCAACUCGCUGUUGCCUGGCAGGCGGCCGCGUACGCAUCCGAGGACGGCGUUCUGACGGAGGCGAUGAUUGACGCCCGCGUGGCCGACGCGGUCCAACAGCACAAGCAGAAAAUGGAGUGGCUCAAGGCCGAGGGCGUGGAGCCGGGAAAGAGCCAACCGUUGCCUCUGGCGCUGGGGAAGUCCGUAUGAGUUGCAAAGAGAAAACGAGAGACGGAGAAAACAUGCCAGGCCGACUGACGACGGGGAAGCGAGCGGCCCUUCGCCUUAAGGUACCGGGACGGAACAGAAUCAUGUCAAGGAGAUCACAAAGGUUGUGCCAAUGAAGAAGGAUCAAGGUGAUACAUUUUGAAAUCCGCUGUCUCUGGAUUAUUCUUUUUUUUAAAAUGUGGGACUGUAUCCCAGAAGAGGAUACCAAUACAUUAAAAGAAAGCAACCGG